AAUAAUUUGCAACUGUCUUGUGUUGAAUAGAAAUAACACCAGUUUAGAUAUUUGUAGUUAUUAUCCUAACGUCGCGGAAACGGCUGGUAAAUGUACAUGUUUAUGUGUGAAUCAGACUUUAAACUGAAAGACCUCUAACCUUUUAAAGCCAGAGGGUGCAGUCAUGACGAGAUGGGCGAGAGCCAAUAACGUCCACAAGCACAAACCAGCAGAGGCCACUCCAUGGAGUCAGCUUAGAGAAAGGGGAAGAGGUCAGCCAAGCAGCUCUGGUGACCACCUAAGGGGGACUCAGCCUGGUGGAUUCGCUGGGAAAAGACCAAACCGCAAGAAGAAGGAUUACAACAAUGAGGAUGUGAACGGAUUCAUGGCGUUUCUCCAGCAGAAAGGCCAGCCACUGCCAGGAGCUGAUAAUCAAGGGAAGGAGCAGGGCCAGGAUUUCAGGGAAGAGGUAGAAAUUGCCUUGAAGAAAGACAGGAGAAGAGAGGACAGAAGGAUAAAGAGACAGACAGACAAAAAGAGCAACAUGAUGUGUUUUAACUGCAGGAAGCCAGGUCACGGUUUGGCAGACUGUCCAGAGGCAGACGGAGACGAGGAGAUGGGCCGAGACAUCUGCUAUCGCUGCGGCUCCACUGAACAUGAAAUCCACAAAUGUAGAGCUAAAGUUGACCCGGCUCUCGGUGAUUACCCGUAUGCAAAGUGCUUCAUCUGUGGCCAGACUGGACACUUGUCACGAUCCUGCCCAGAUAAUCCUAAAGGACUGUAUGCACAAGGAGGCUCCUGCCGUGUUUGUGGUUCAGUGGAACAUUUUCAGAAGGACUGCCCGGAGCACCAGGCUGCAACUAACUCUGUGACAGUGGGCUGGUUGUCCAACAACAUGAGCGCAGACCACGAGGAAGUACACGUUCCAGUGAAGAAAACCAAACCCAAACCGACUAAAGUGGUGAAGUUUUGAGCUGCUAAGAUGAUCUGUAGCUCAAGGACAGAAUUCUGACUCUCAAAUGUUUCAUCCACACAAUUCAUAUAUUUAUCUCUAACCAACCCCUGCUCUGGAUUACAUAGAGUAUUUGCCUUCACACACAGUGAAGUGGUUUAGACACAUUCUAAUAUCUUUGUGUAUAACUAAAGUCCUUUUCAAUCAAAUGUUACUUCCAUAUAUUUACAGUCUGAUUUUAUUUAGUUGCUGCAAAAGUAUCUUUGUUUAAAGGUGAUCAUCGUGUAAAAAUAUGAGAUGUUUUCUGGUGAAAGUAUCAAGAUCAUCUUUUAACUGAUUUAUAUCUAAAUAUUAAAAAAAUCUUGACUCAA